CUUCCUAAGAAUAAAAGAAUCUCAUUCAUCAACAUCUUCUUCUUCUUCUUCAUUACAAAGCAUCUCUUCACUUUUACUUAACCCUUAAGUAUUCCUCCCUUCCAUUUUUCCACUCUUCUUCUUCAUCAUUCCACAUUUCUUCAUUAACCCAAAUCACACCAAGCUUUCUCUCUUUCUCCUCUAAUGGCGGAUACAGAUACAGACACAUACAACAAGCCGCCAACCAAAUCAAACCCAAAAAACCUCUUCAGCCAUUUCAUAUUCAAAUCCGCCAUUGUUACACUUCUCUUCCUUGUUCUCCUCCCUUUCUUCUCUUCUCAAGUUCCUGAUUUCAUCAACCAAUCAUUCAAUACCAGAAGUUGGGAACUUCUGCAACUUGUCUUGGUCGGAAUUGCUGUCUCUUACGGUUUGUUUAGUCAGAAAACAGAGGAAUCUAGUAAAGAACAAUCCUCUGGAUUCGACAAUGCUGCUCAUUCAUAUGUCUCAAAAUUCCUAGAAGUUUCAUCAGUUUUCGAUGUUGAAACUGAAAACCCAACUGGGUCUGAUCAUGACAACAAGAUUGAAUCUUGGAAUUCUCAGUAUUUUAGAGAAGAACCCAUGGUGGUCGUGGCUCAAGAUCAAGAAAGCUCUGUUCUUGAUCAAGAACAAAGAUCUUUAAAUAAACCAAUACUUCUACCAAUUCGAAGCUUAAAUUCACGAAUACCCAAUUCUCAUAUUCCAUUGAGAAGUUCGAGUUUGAGAAUUAGCGACGAAAAUGUCGUUCUUCGUUCACCAAUUCCAUGGAGGUCGAGAUCGGGAAGGAUGGAGAUGAAGGAAGAGAUAGGAAUCGAUCCUAACCCUCCAUUAAUAGAUGAAUCACAAAUCGGACGGUUCAAACCAAGUACAGAAGAAUCUCAGAGACAGAAGAUAUGUUACAAGGCGGCGCCACCGCCUCCACCGCCGCCGCAACCGCCAACAAGAUCUUAUUCUGAUAAAGGAUUGAAAAAUGAAAUCUUGACCCAUAAGAAACCCAAUACUGAAUCGGGUUCAAAAGUGAGAUCUUUUGUACCCGUUUCGGAGAAAAGGGUAGAACCGAUCUUUCUAGAAGAUUCUUCUUCUGAUGAUGAAAAGGAGGAAGAAGUGGAAGAAAGACACAGCAAUGGUGAAGAAGAAGAAAACGGUUUGAAUGAUGACGUGGGUCCUGACGUCAACAAGCAGGCAGAUGAAUUCAUAGCGAAAUUCAGAGAGCAAAUUAGGUUACAGAGGAUUGAUUCAAUCAAGAGAUCAACUAAAAGAAAUUCUAACAAGUAAUUAAAUUAGCUUUUUUAUUUUAUUGAAAGUUUCUUAUAAUUUAUUACUCAAACUUUUAUUUUGUUUUGGGGUAUAAGGAUGUUGCCAUGAUUUAUGUAUGUAUUUGUAUGUAUAUGGUUUCUUACUUUAAAUACAAAUUCAAUCGGUAGGAUCCGGUUGCAUACGGGUCGGUUGAGGUUUAGGGUCUCAAAUCGCCUUUUAAGGUUAUUGGGUUUUUAGGGUUUCGAAUUUGUUGGUAUGAUUCGGACUAGGAAUGACCUAUCCACUGUAUCCGGUUCAACUGCGAUCCUGACCUGAACGUUAAUGAGGAUCAUGUGAGGUA